AUGGAGGAAGACACGGAUGGAGACUCGAAUGCACUAGCAGAUGAGCUGGAAUGUGAAGGCACUGAAGCAGAAUGUGCCGACGAAAAGUACGAUGGCCAGCACAAGUUCACCGGAGAUGAUUGGCCAUACAUUAUAGCCACACCAGACUGCAAGCCAACAUUUGAUGACACUGUCCCCGACAGCCCACUCCUAGAUGAUGGGUUUGUACAGGUUGACAGCGUUGGUGUGGUAACCAUCGGAGGACUUCCCUUAUACCAAUACCCCGAUGAUGACGACGACAAUUGCCUAUGCAAUUUCGGCCCAUGGGCUAGCGUUGGACCCGAUGGCACGUCUCCACAAUUUGAUGUCAACCAGCGCACUUAA